UCCCACCGCUUUCCGGGUCUUUGUCUCCGUUUCCACUGCUAGCACCAGGAAAGCCCUGAACUUCUCUCCCUGCAGGAGAUGGUGAUGAGUCCUGAGGAGCGCCUGCAGCAGAGCAGCUCUGCCAUGACGGCUGGCAGCAGCCAGCUGGAGCGGGCAGGGGGGCAGGAAGCAGCGGCAGACGUCCCGUGCGCCAUCUGCAUGAGUACCAUCAGCGAUGCAGCGUACGUGGACGGGUGCCUGCACAGCUUCUGCUUCGGCUGCAUCCAGCAGUGGGCCGCCAGGAGAGCGGUGUGCCCCCUCUGCAGGAGGCCUUUCGACCGCCUCCUGCACACGGUGCGGGCGGACGACGACUACCAGGAGUACGUGGUGAGCUCGUCCGCCCGCCCGCCGAGGUCCGUGGCCAGGGCCCAGGUGUACAGGCACCUGCGCUCAAGGCUCGGCACCCGCAGGCCCGGGGUGAGAAGGGGUUUUGUGAGGAGGCUCCGACGGCAGCCGGGUGACGCAGCCCCUUGGCGCUCCGGCGCCCCCGCCCGGCAGGAUGCAGGGGACCGCCCGGCAGGCCUGGCAGAGGCACCCGCCGGGCGCUACGACCUGGAGGCUCUGAGGGCGCGGCUGUUCACCUUCGCGGAAAGGCAGUGA